UGGUGAAUAGACCUGAAUUUUGGAAUUGUAAUCGUUAAAUCAAAGGAAUUGUGUGGCAGUUGAACGUGUCAAUAAAACAGCAGUCAAUAUUUGUAUAGGCAGCUAAUUAACUGGGUCAAAAUAAAUCAGCAGAUAGAUAUAAAAGCUGUCAAUAAAUAAUAUGAGGCGUUUGUUGGUGCUUUUGGGACUCGUAGUCGGUCUUUUUUGUGCGGAGCUGGAAAACACUUUAAGCUAUGAAAAGGCACGUCAGGCUGUGCUUAAUGCCGAGGAACGGCUCAUGACCGGCGGACGGAUCAGUUUAAAUUCACAGGAGUCCAAGGUGGAUGAUCUCUUCAUGCAAUACAAGCUGGGAGAAUUGGCACAAGGUUUUCGCAAUGCCGAACAAAAUACAGCUGGGAUGCAUUUCUUUAAGGCAAAGCCGCUGAUCGAUCGCAGUGCCAUCUUUAAAUUCCUGCAACAAAUGCCCAAAGGAGCUGUCCUCCAUCUGCACAACACGGCGGCUGUGAGUUCCAAGUGGGUGGUGCAAACUAUGUCAUAUAUGCCGGGAAUGCUGCGGUGCACAGAUGUCAAGGGCAGAAGCAGAUUAACCUUUCGACGGGCACCCAAGGAACAUUCCUGCACAUCACAGUAUAUUCUCGUUGCAGACGAGAGACGUAAUUCCAUAGACCCAGCAUUAUACGAUGAAAACUUGGAGAAACUUUUUAAUCUCUAUACGCCUGUGCCGGAACUGGAGUAUCCAACAAUAACCGCUGUUUGGGAUCGUUUCCAGGGCAUGUUUGAUACCCUAACAGAAGCAAUUUAUUAUUUGCCCGCAUUUCGUGCCUAUCACUGGCAACUGCUAGAAGAAUUGUACAAUGACAAUAUCAUGUAUGCUGAGUUGCGAAUCAGUCUGCGAGAGCUAUAUGAUGCCAGCGGCCGCACCUUUCCCAGAGAGCAAGCUGUACGUGAAAUGCAGUUGAUCAACGAUAAAUUUGUAAGGCUGCAUCCCAAUUUCGUGGGCAUCAAAGUCAUCUAUGCCGUGUGGCGCGGAUCUGAUGUCGAGAAAAUGCGGGAAAACGUGGAAGAGUUCAAGAUUUUGCAGAAAGCAUUUCCAGAAUUUGUAAUAGGCUUUGACCUGGUUGGCCAGGAGGAUAAGGGUAAGCCGCUGUAUGAGCAACUUUCUGUUUUAAAGGAUCUGCCGCCCAAUUCGCGUCUUUUUCUUCACGCCGGCGAAACAAAUUGGUAUAGUGCCUCAACUGACAUUAACCUGCUGGAUGCUCUGCUGUUGAAUGCCACUCGAAUUGGUCAUGGAUUUGCCUUGGUAAAACAUCCAAUUCUCAUGAAUGCAAUCAAAACUCGCCAAAUCGCCGUUGAGUUGAAUCCCAUUUCGAAUCAGGUACUCCACUUGGUGUGGGAUAUGCGCAAUCAUCCAGGUGCCCAGUAUAUGGCCUUGGACAUUCCUGUCGUGAUUUGCAAUGAUGAUCCUGGUUUUUGGAAUGCCAAGGCAUUAAGCUAUGACUUUUAUUACGCCAUCAUGAGCAUGGCUCCCAACAAUGCUGGCAUCCGUGUCCUCAAGAGUCUCGUCUUCAACUCGAUACGCUACUCUGCGAUGACGGCGAGGGAGCAACAACGGGCAUUUCAGUUGCUAGAGAACAGUUGGACACGCUUUAUUGAGAAGGUUCUGCAGGGAAAAGUCUUUUAGACAUGUUAAUAAACCGACUUUAAAAGUAAAUAAACUGAACUCAAAUCCCGCUA